CAUUGGAGUUAAAAAUAUUUUUAAAUUGUAAAGACAAAAAUUAGCAUUACGAAUGACACUUUUAAAUAAAAACGGAUUGAAUUUAACUGAAUUCGCUGCCGAAACGAUGGUGUACUUCGAAAGGCACAAAUUAAUCGAAAUUACUAAAAAAAUUUUAGUAGAAUGUGCUUUAAUAAGACCUCAGGAUGUUCAAGUGUGGAUUGGUAAAAAUAUUAAACGUAUAGCCAAUGAAAUAUAUCAGGAUUGUUUAAAUCAAGGCAAAAAUGGCGUUAUAAAAUCCCUACAUCUUUCCACAAAUUAUCUCUAUCGCAUUAUGAUAUUUGGUAGACCCGGUUCGGGAAGAAAAACUCAAGCUUAUAAUUUAGUUUCUAAAUAUAAUUUGGUGUUAAUUGAUGCUGAAAAGUUAAUAUAUCAACAUUUAAGAGGAGAUGAUGAUCGUCCUUAUGAUACGCUAGAUCGUGAGCUGCAAAGAGCUUUUUAUUAUAAUAAUUGUGCAGCCAAAUCGAAAGCUCUACUUAAUAUUAUAGCCCGGCGUAUUUUGGAAAGAGAUUGUUUAGGUCGUGGUUGGAUUUUGCUCAAUUUCCCACAUACUUUGCAAGAUUUUAUAGAUAUUUUGGAAAACUUUAAACUACCACCUAAUAAAUUGGUUUAUUUGAAAUGUCCUGAAACGCUCUGUAUGCGUAGACUGAUGAAUAUGCCCAAUUUGGGUAAACCUAGCCACACUUGCUCAUACUAUGAACAAGAGAUGCGUUUCUUUAACAAGUAUGAAGAGCAAAUUAUAGAUUAUUUAUUGAAACGUCAUGAAACGAUAUUUGUGGAUGCACAAGCAUCUUCUGAGCAAGUUAAAAUGUAUCUGAUGGGCUCUAUCAUGCAAACUCCUUAUUUAAUGGGCUUUAAGCGUAUCACAAGAGAUUAAUGUAACUGAAUAUAAAUAUUUUUCUUAAUU